AUGGUUUUGAGCAUCACUGCAAUGGCAUCAGAUAUAGAGCGUGGGUUUGGCACGUCUGAGGGUGUUUUCGUUCGAGGUCUGCAUCUGGUGCGGUGGACGCCAGCUCUCCAUAACUGCGUGGUGUUGAAUGUUGAUGGCAGCGUUAUGGGUGUCUCGAGUCGGGGUGGCUUUGGCGGUUGUACUCGAAGUGAUCAAGGUCAGUGGAAGAGCGGCUUCUUUGGCUUCAUGGAUGACGCGUGUAUUCUCCACCUUGAGCUGCAAGCUCUCUUCCAUGGCUUGACCGUCGUUUGGGAGCAGGGUUAUAAAAGAGUUGAUUGUCAAUCUGAUUCUUUGACUGCAGUGACGCUAGUUGAAUCGGUGUCGCCCUCUACUCAUCUUUAUGCUUCAUUGAUUUGGGAUAUUAAGGAUCUUCUGGGCCGAGCUUGGACGGUGAACCUUCAUCAUACUUUGAAGGAAGGUAAUGCUUGUGCGGAUUUCUUGGCGAAGCACGGAGCUAGCCAAGGGGAUGUGUUGGUUGUGAUUGAGGAUCUGAUUCCAAGAUUGGGUUUGCUUCUUCUCGCGGAUGCGUCGGGUUUCUCCUCUUUGAGGAUGUAG